GACACAUAUCCGGAUCGGCCCCUACCCCCGCUACCAAGCAUCUUACCACCAACAAUAUCACUGGCUUAUCCAUCUCCUUUCACUUCUAGAAGUUCGAAUUUACUUGCGUGACCCCGUCAUAUUCUUCUCCUAAUCGAACGGGGCUCGAACAUUACAAAAUUUUAACAGCAUAUUUUAUAUAAUUAGAAGUCACAGGCUUGGAUGUUACUGGGCAUUUUUCACUUACACGAACGGGUAACAUAAAUAUACGUACCUAUCUAUUUAACCUACUCGGGAGCAACAUGUCCGACCCAUCUGCCAAGACACCGGCGACAGCGUCGGGUACGGCUACUACGGGUGGUACCGCUGGGCUAGCAACGUCGUCCAAACCGGGAUCUCAAGCAGCAUCGCCAGCGGCAGACGCUGCCUCGCCCGAUUCUCAGACAUCACAGACCAGCAAUCCCCAUAUUCUUCCCGCGUCGCAUUGGGCCCAGCUACCACCCGUUAACGUGCGCGAGGAUGAUGAUUCGGCCUUUGAAGAUGCUGCCAGCUCGACCGCGUCGUUAACUGCUAGUAUCCUCGAGUAUCGGACAGUUCAUGGUCGCACGUAUCAUAGCGAACGCGGUAACGCAUUAUCUUGGGGCCCCAACGAUGCUAUUCACGACGAGUCGAUGGAUAUCUUUCAUCAUAUCGCGACGAUAAUGCUGGAUGGGAAAAUCAUUGCCGCUCCUCUUGGUGACGAUGUUCAAAAAGUAUUAGACGUGGGUUGCGGUACCGGGAUAUGGGCAAUUGACUUUGCCGAUCAGUAUCCUAACGCCGAAGUGAUCGGUGUCGACGUUUCACCGCAGCAGCCGCAAUGGAUCCCGCCUAAUCUAAGAUUCGAGGUAGACGACGUAACACAGCCGUGGACGUACGAGCCUAAUAGCUUCGACUAUAUCCACAUACGUUGGCUAGUGGGUGCUAUUCCGGACUGGUACGCCCUGUUCAGAGAAGCCUACCAGGCCCUCAAGCCCGGCGGAUACUUGGAGAGUCAUGAAUCUUCGUGUAUGAUGCAGAGCGACGACGGCACAGUGAAAGACGGGUCCCCUCUAGAUCAGUGGAGCAAGGUAUUCUCGGAGGCUGGAAAGAAGACGGGCCGCACGUUCAACGUUAUAGAAGAGGACUUGCAAAGGAAAGCGAUGGAGGCCGCGGGCUUUGAAGUUACUUACGAGACCGACAUCAAGAACGCAAUAAGUGGGUGGCCGCGAGACGAAAAACUCAGACAGAUUGGCUUGUACACUGGGCUUGCUGUGGGACAGGACAUUGAAGGGUUUUUGACUUACUUGUGGACUAUGGUGAUGGGUUGGACUCCAGCAGAGAUUCAGGUCUAUGCUGCACAUCUACGACGCGAUAUGCGCUCGCCUGAUAUCCACGCCUAUUACCCUACGAGGAUAAUGGUUGGCCGGAAACCUCUGACGGCGGGAACUGCCUCGUGAUGAUGACAUAUUUUUAUUUUUAUAUUUCUAUUUCUACUUUACAUGCACGUACCCGUCUCCAAAGGCUUCCAUACGGAAUUUAUUCAUCUAAACAAACGGGAAGCAGAUAAACGCGGAGGCAACACGGGAGCCAGCAGAUAUCGAAUUACACAGUGCUAAUACGCAAGCCUGACAUAAUUGACAACAUUAUUCCUUGAUUAUAUAACUUGUAGUUAUUAGAGGUAUAUAUGGUGUUUAUUAGAGUCGUGAUGCGAGUUAUUGUAUAUAUUACAACCGCGGCGCCUAUACGCCGUAUGUGUACCUAACCUAGGAAUCCUAUAGGGGGUCUGGUGGUUCUACAUACAGGCUUAAGAAGACAAAGUGAGUCGAAAUAUAAAUCAGACUCUAUUCCGAUACAUUAAGCCACCUUAAAUACCUAAUAACUGUUGGUGAAUGGCUACCUAGGUACCUACCUACCUACCUAAGGUAUAUAUAGAGAGGCC